GACCACAAGUCAAACACGGUCGAAUCGCGCUCGUAACGUGCGCGAUUUGUGGCCAUCGUAAAUCGACGGGGCAACACCCGACAACGCACAGCCCAGUGCCUGUACACAUUGUUACGUAAGAUUAGCUCGAUCCAUCAACACAAAAGUACGUGCCGUCGUCAAAAGGGUGCGAGCGGUACGAUUACGAAAAAAAACCCGUAUGGACGUUCAUCAACCGGCUUUAAAUGACCUAGUCGAACACAGUGAAGAUAAUCCCAGUUCAACUGAACUACGCAUUGCCGUUGAGGCGGAAGAACCAUCAAGAGUCGAUUGUCCGACGACCUCUGAACACAAUCGUUAUCUACCAACAUCCGAACAAUCGGAAAAACGCGGAGAAUUUUAUCAACCAGACUUAGUCAAACGUGGCGAAGAAAGUCUCAAUUCAUUCGAAGCAUCCGUUGGCGUCGAGACUACAGAAUCGAGAACCGAUCAGAUAUUCACCGAAAACAAACGUUAUCUACCGACAUCCGAACAAGCGAGAGAAAACGAAGAUUUUUGUGACAUUUACAGAUGUGAAAGUGACCCAUCAGUGUCCAGCGGAACAUCAGCAAUGACCAUACCUUCGCGCCAAUACUCGUACGGGAACCAUUUCUAUCCAACGGCUUCGGAAUCGUCUGUCGAAUUCGACGAAUGGAGUAACGCGUCGUCAACGGCACCAUCGUCAAUCGCCGAUGAAAAUCAGGAAUCGAGAGAUUACCGUUCGGCGUCAGAAAUAUCUGAAGUAAACGAAAGUGACAACGGUGAUGAUGCUAGUGUGUCCAGUGAAUCGUCGGGUAUGACUAUACCUUUGCGGCGUUCGGAAAUGUUCGACCCGGAAAACAAGCGUUUCCAUCCAGCGUAUUCUGGCCGCAAGUACCUUACGAGUGGCGGACAAGAAACGGUCGCAAGAGCCGAAUAUUCGUACAGCAAACGAUACUAUCGAACGGCUUCGGAAACGUCCGUUGAACACGAUGAAAGACGAAACGGUUCGGAGUACUGUGCAGGUGAACGUACCCAAACGCCUGAUCCGUCCACCGAAUAACCGGAUCGACUUUGAAAGACUUGAGGAUCGUUCGGAUAAGUUUGAUUACAAUUAUUGAACAGUUCCUGUAUAAUAACCCCCUAACUUUAUUUUAAUUCAAUUUUUUUUAACAUUAUUAUUUCGAUAAUAUCUUAAUACUCGAUAUG